AUGAUGUCUACUCUUGUCUUUUGUAGGGCGGGCUCCACGCCCGGAGCGCCGCCAUCAGGAGCAGCACCGGCGCCAGCUCCAGCAUCGGCGCCAGCUCCAGCACCGGCACCAGCUCCAGGAUCAGGAAGCGCACGAGCAGCGGCAGCGGUAACACCAGCAGCGGCAGCAGCAACACCCACACCAGCACCAGCGUCAGGAGCUCCGGUGGCCAACGAUGGCAAAUCCGGCAACAUGAUGUUCCCCGGAGAGACAGAGUGGGGAGAUGGGCUCGGCGGCGUUCGCUUCGGUACGCCGGCACAGAACAAGGGCAAGAGAAAGAAAGGGCGGCUGGAGCUGGAGCCGCCGGACUUCCCGAUUCCCGACCAUGGUGGUGGAACCCAAAGGAAGCGCUACACCUUGCAGUUCAAGGUGAAUGCCGUGAGGUACUCGCAGAGAAAGCUCAAGGGGGCGCAAGGACCGGGCGGGACUGUUGGCGUAACAUACGCCAGCAGGAUCCUCAAGAUUCCCGACAAGGCCACGUUGGCGGCGUGGGUCAAAGACGUCGACAAGUACGAAGCCGCGCUUGCGGAGGAGACCAAGUACUCGCGAGUGAAGGGUAGGAAGGAAGCCAAGCACCGCAUGUCGCUGAACGUCGGACGGACUAGGACGCACACGGACGCCGAACGCGAGGUCGUGGACUGGAUCAAUGAUCUGCGUUCUGACGGCAUCUCCGCCCGUGUCUCGACGAGGAUGAUCAAGAACAAGGCCACGGAACUCAACCCGAACUUCUUCGGGGAGAGGCCGCCGCCGUCCGACAUCGAGAGCAACCUGCGGUACACCCGCAAGAAGACCGCGUGGUGCAGGAGGUUGCUCAGAGUCUACCGCUUUUCUGUGCGAGCCGUCACCCGUCAAGGCCAGAAACUUCCUACCGGCUGGCCCGUGAUCGCCAUGCACGCGAUCAAGGAGUGGAGGAGGCUGAAGUCCGACGUCCCUUCCGCGCUCGAGCUUGCGGACGGAGUCGAAUGCCUGGGUGCAGUGGCGGGAGGCAGCGCGAGCGGCAGCGGGAGUGGGAGUGGCGCCGGAGUUCCGUCGGGGCCGAGUCCCAAGUUCGCCUUGGCGCAGAUCGCCAACAUGGAUGAGACUCCUACGUGGAUGGAGAACCCGGGGAACAACACUGUGAACCGCACCGGCGACAAGGAGGUUGGCGUCAAAACCGGCGGCAAGGAGAAGAUGCGCAUCACUUCGGUCCUGACGGUGUUCGCCGACGGCAGCAAGCUGCCGCCCCUCGUCAUCUUCAAGGGCCAGCCCACGCCGAAGGGGAAGGCCCCUGCCGCCAACAGCAUCGAGCGCGAGUUCAAGGACUACAAGGACAAGAAGGGCUACGCAUACCCUCGAGGUGUCGUCUACGCCGUGGACCCGAAGGCAUGGCACUUCCAGCGGGUGUUCAACGAGGUCUGGCUGCCUGAGGUGUGGAACCAGCGCCCGGGGCGGCAGGGUCACCUGGGCGGCUACCGUCAGCCUAACACGCUGCUGGCGUGGGACGACUACACCGUCCACAAGACGGACGCGUCUACCAAGGCGAUGGCGGAGUCCAACACGACGCUGUUUCUCAUCCCGGGAGGCCUGACUCCCGAGCUCCAGCCGUGCGAUGGCCUCAACAAGAUCUUCAAGGCAAAUAUGUCCAGGCUCUACGACGACCACAUGGCUUCCCCUCACGUCAAACGCGGCGACCACGGCUACCCGGAGGCCCCUUCGCGGGGGUUAGUCGCACAGUGGGUCAAGAAGUCGUGGGACGCCUUGACCGCGGAUGAAGUCCGCGCGAGCUGGAGGAAGGCUGGCCUGCUGCUUCCCUUCGACGGGUCGGAAGACGAGGCCUGGGCCAACAAGGAGCUCAACUCCAACGCCCAGGGGGAGCCCCUCGACGCGCCAUCGGCCGGUGCGGACAAGGCUGACUCGUCGUCGGGAGGCGGCAACUUGCUGGAGGUGUUGGAGAUCGACGAUGAUGACGACACGGGCGUGGUGGUGGUGGACAUCAGCGACGACGAGGGCGAGGAGCCGUGA